CGUACUAGUGUAUAUACUUCAAAAUUAAAGAAUGCACACGCAGAACCGGGAGCCUGAAUUCAUAUUCUGAGCAGACUCGCUGCUCGUAUUUAUUGAUUUAUCAUGCAUCGUUUAUUGUUCCAGUCCCUAAAUGCAGUAGCUGUCCGUUCAAUAUUGUUUGCAAAAUCCUAAGAUGUGUGUGCACUGCUCACUUGUCUUUUUUUUUUUUUGCUGAGUAUUUUUUUUGCGAAGCGAACAAAUGCAUUAAUAUUUAUAUGUUUAUAUAAUCGAUAACCCACUUUUCCCUUCCAUGUAAAUAGGCAUCAAAAGAUAAUUUAACAGAUUAGUUCUCGAAAACAUGGCAGUGAGGAAGCGUAAUUUAACUAUCAAACAAAUCUACAUGUCUAAUAACAGCAAAUCUGCUAAGGAGCAUUAGAAAGAGGAGCAGCGCCCCGGAAUCUCUGCAGGAAAUGUUCUUUAUAUUAGACAUAUACAAGCAGGUCCUGUCAGAUGCACAGCGAAGCUCGCUAGCCCUCCUCUCCUCCAAAAAUCUCAUCAGACGAUAUCCCUAGACAGGGGCGGUUAGAGAGAGAGAAAUCACAUCUUCACACACUUUUUAGGGUGCUUUUUAUUUUUACAAAUUUUCCUAUGUGUUUUUUGCCUUGAUCCAUCCUCUUCCCGCCGAGAUCGUACGGCGUCUUUCUCUCGAUUAUGAAUUUGAUCAAUCCAUAUUUGGAAGGAAACCCACAUAGUUUUUUCAGGAGCUGAAAAUUGAGUUGUUAUAGAAAUAUUAGGACAUAUUUUCAAUCAUUUCGGUGCCCAAAGGGAGGCAAGAGCUCAGUUUUAUAUUGAGACAUUACGCCGGCUGGAGGCAGAGAAUGCGUUUCCCUGCCAGGACCUGAUGCAAUCCAUUCAAGCCAACAAGUUUGGAGAGAAUGUUGAGUUCAAUCAAUUCAGAACGUCGAGAUGGAGCCCAACUCACUCCAGUGGGUCGGCUCACCGUGUGGCUUGCACGGACCUUACAUUUUCUACAAGGCUUUUCAAUUCCACCUUGAAGGCAAACCAAGAAUUUUGUCCCUUGGCGACUUUUUCUUUGUAAGAUGUACGCCAAAGGAUCCGAUUUGCAUAGCGGAGCUCCAGCUGUUGUGGGAAGAGAGGACCAGCCGGCAACUUUUAUCCAGCUCUAAACUUUAUUUCCUCCCAGAAGACACUCCCCAGGGCAGAAAUAGCGACCAUGGCGAGGAUGAAGUCAUUGCUGUUUCCGAAAAGGUGAUUGUGAAGCUUGAAGACCUGGUCAAGUGGGUACAUUCUGAUUUCUCCAAGUGGAGAUGUGGCCUCCAAGCCGGACCAGUGAAAACUGAGGCCUUGGGAAGGAAUGGACAGAAGGAAGCUCUGCUGAAGUACAGGCAAUCAACCCUAAACAGUGGACUCAACUUCAAAGACGUUCUCAAGGAGAAGGCAGACCUGGGGGAGGACGAGGAAGAAACGAACGUGAUAGUUCUCAGCUACCCCCAGUACUGCCGGUACCGCUCGAUGCUGAAACGCAUCCAGGAUAAGCCAUCUUCCAUUCUAACGGACCAGUUUGCAUUGGCCCUGGGGGGCAUUGCAGUGGUCAGCAGGAACCCUCAGAUCCUGUACUGUCGGGAUACCUUUGACCACCCGACUCUCAUAGAAAACGAGAGUAUAUGCGAUGAGUUUGCGCCAAAUCUUAAAGGCAGACCACGCAAAAAGAAACCAUGCCCACAAAGAAGAGAUUCAUUCAGUGGUGUUAAGGAUUCCAACAAUAAUUCUGAUGGCAAAGCCGUUGCCAAGGUGAAAUGUGAGGCUAGGUCAGCCUUGACCAAGCCGAAGAAUAACCAUAGUAACUGUAAAAAAGUCUCAAAUGAAGAAAAACCAAAGGUUGCCAUUGGUGAAGAGUGCAGGGCAGAUGAACAAGCUUUCUUGGUGGCACUUUAUAAAUACAUGAAAGAAAGGAAAACGCCGAUAGAACGAAUACCCUAUUUAGGUUUUAAACAGACUGCUCAAAAACUGGGAGGAUAUGAAACAAUAACAGCCCGCCGUCAAUGGAAACACAUUUAUGAUGAAUUAGGCGGUAAUCCUGGGAGCACCAGCGCUGCCACUUGUACCCGUAGACAUUAUGAAAGAUUAAUCCUACCAUACGAAAGGUUUAUUAAAGGAGAAGAAGAUAAGCCCCUGCCUCCAAUCAAACCUCGGAAACAGGAGAACAGUUCACAGGAAAAUGAGAAUAAAACAAAAGUAUCUGGAACCAAACGCAUCAAACAUGAAAUACUUAAAAGCAAGAAAGAAAAAGAAAAUGCCCCAAAGCCCCAGGACGCAGUAGAGGUUUCAUCAGAGCAAGAAAAAGAACAAGAGACUUUAAGCCAGAAAAGCAUCCCUGAGCCUCUGCCAGCAGCAGACAUGAAGAAAAAAAUAGAAGGGUAUCAGGAAUUUUCAGCGAAGCCCUUGGCAUCCAGAGUAGACCCAGAGAAGGACAAUGAAACAGACCAAGGUUCCAACAGUGAGAAGGUGGCAGAGGAGGCCAGAGAGAAGGGGCCCACACCUCCACUCCCAAGUGCUCCUCUGGCCCCAGAAAAAGAUCCAACCUUGGUCCCUGGGGCCAGCAAACAGCCACUCACCUCUCCCAGUGCCCUGGUGGACUCAAAACAAGAAUCUAAACCCUGCUGUUUUACAGAGAGCUCUGAAAAUGAGCUCCAAGAAGCAUCCUUCCCCAGCUUCCCCACCACACAGCCACCGCUGGCAAACCAGAACGAGAUGGAGGAUGACAAACUGCCCGCCAUGGCGGAUUACAUCGCCAACUGCACUGUGAAGGUGGACCAGUUGGGCAGUGAGGACAUCCACAAUGCGCUCAAGCAGACCCCAAAGGUCCUUGUGGUCCAGUCGUUUGACAUGUUCAAAGACAAAGACCUGACGGGGCCUAUGAAUGAGAACCAUGGACUGAAUUACACACCCCUGCUCUACUCCAGGGGCAACCCAGGCAUCAUGUCCCCGCUGGCCAAGAAAAAGCUUUUGUCCCAAGUAAGUGGGGCCAGCCUCUCCAACAGCUACCCCUAUGGCUCCCCACCCCCAUUGAUCAGCAAAAAGAAACUGAUGGCUAGGGAUGACUUGUGUUCCAGUUUGUCCCAGGCCCACCAUGGCCAAAGCGCUGACCAUAUGGCGGUCAGCCGGCCAUCGGUGAUUCAGCAUGUCCAGAGUUUCAAAAGCAAGCCCUCAGAGGAAAGAAAGACCAUCAAUGACAUCUUUAAGCACGAGAAACUGAGUCGAUCAGAUCCCCACCGCUGCAGCUUCUCCAAGCACCACCUUAACCCCCUUGCUGACUCCUAUGUCCUGAAGCAAGAAAUUCAGGAGGGCAAGGAUAAACUCUUAGAGAAAAGGGCCCUCCCCCAUUCCCACAUGCCUAGCUUCCUGGCAGACUUCUACUCAUCCCCUCAUCUCCAUAGCCUCUACAGACAUACUGAGCACCAUCUUCAUAAUGAACAGACAUCCAAAUACCCGUCCAGGGACAUGUACAGGGAAUCGGAAAACAGUUCUUUUCCUUCCCACAGACACCAAGAAAAGCUCCAUGUAAAUUAUCUUACAUCCCUGCACCUGCAAGACAAAAAGUCAGCGGUAGCAGAAUCUGCUACAGAUGAUCAGCCUACAGAUCUGAGCCUUCCCAAGAACCCACACAAACCUACCGGCAAGGUCCUGGGCCUGGCUCACUCAGCCACAGGGCCCCAGGAGAGCAAAGGCGUUUCCCAGUUCCAGGUCUUAGGUAGCCAGAGUCGAGACUGUCACCCCAAAGCCUGUCGGGUAUCACCCAUGACCAUGUCGGGCCCUAAAAAAUACCCCGAAUCACUUUCAAGAUCAGGAAAAACUCACCAUGUGAGACUGGAGAAUUUCAGGAAGAUGGAAGGCAUGGUCCACCCAAUCCUGCACCGGAAAAUGAGUCCACAGAACAUUGGGGCGGCGCGACCGAUCAAGCGCAGCCUGGAGGAUUUGGACCUUGUGAUUGCAGGGAAAAAGGCCCGGGCAGUGUCUCCCUUAGACCCAUCCAAGGAGGUCUCUGGGAAGGAGAAGGCCGCUGAGCAGGAGAGUGAAGGCAGCAAGGCAGCACACAGUGGGCAUUCCGGGAGCGGAUCAGAAGGCCACAAGCUUCCCCUCUCUUCCCCUAUCUUCCCAGGUCUGUAUUCCGGGAGCCUGUGUAACUCGGGCCUCAACUCCAGGCUCCCAGCUGGGUAUUCUCAUUCUCUGCAGUACUUGAAAAACCAGACUGUGCUUUCUCCGCUCAUGCAGCCCCUGGCUUUCCACUCGCUUGUGAUGCAAAGAGGAAUUUUUACAUCGCCGACAAAUUCUCAGCAGCUGUACAGACACUUGGCUGCGGCUACACCUGUAGGAAGUUCGUAUGGGGACCUUUUGCAUAACAGCAUUUACCCUUUAGCUGCUAUAAAUCCUCAAGCUGCCUUUCCAUCUUCCCAGCUGUCAUCCGUGCACCCCAGUACAAAACUGUAGGCUCAGUUUCGCCCAGCAGUCCAAAGCGGCAUGGCUAACAGAGCUUCACUCCUUACCCAGGCGGGCUGGCUUAUAGAGUUAGAAGUCAGUAUUUCUUCUAAUCUGGGGCUAUGAUCAGUCCCAGCUGUAGGGGCCCAGAGGGGAGGUGAACAUGCCUGAUUUUUGUGGGACAACUCCAGCCUUGGCUGGUCAGUAAUGACUCCUUUCCAACACAGAUGCCCAGGCACCUCCAGAUCAUUCAUUUCGCAUGUGGGCCUUGUAAAGGGAUUUGUGAAUAUCUAGGAAAAACUUCUUAGAGGACCCCAUCUGAGUUUGGAUGGUCAGAAAACAAUCUGGGCAAAAAAGGGGCAGGCAUUUCAAAGGAAGGGGCAAGGAAGACUGGCAAACAGAUGCCAAGGGAUGCCCCUCUUUUUCAUAAAACUCUCCAAGUUUCAAUCAAUGCAAUGUAUAGUGAAACUUCAAUAGAUCUUUCAUUUUGACACUAUUAAACAAUCCAGAGAAGUAAACACUGUUAAAUUGACUGUAUAUAUUUGCUUCAUAAAACUACCCGUAUCACUGUUUGCUCACCUAAUUUAUAUACAGGUAGUUCCAUUUUCUCCUUUCUCAUCCCUUUUUUUUUUUUUUUUUUUUUUUAAUUAAACGGUAUCGCUUUUGUUCGCAGGUCUUUUUGUUUUUGUUUUUGUUUUGUUUUCGAGGCUGGCUGACUGUCCUAGUUGUUGUGUGUUUGUAAUUUUUCCACAUCUUAUUUUUGAGCAGCUUUGGGUGGUAAAGUUAUUGUUUACAAAUUGAAGCAACUGAUUCUAGUGGAACAAAUGAAAAAGAAACAGUCAAGCACACAAUAGUGCAAAGAACGUUCCUCUGUAGAUCCUCAACUUAAGGAUUUUGUUCCUCAUAAAUGGCAUAGUUGAAAGAGCUUAUACACUGCUUACCCAGCCAAAUGCUUUGCUUUGAAAUAUUGGGUUCUGUGAAAAUAUUGAGCAUUGUACUUACCUUAUCUAGGCUGUGAAACUGUCCUACAUACCAGAGGAAUCAUAAAAACAAAAACCUCACUGGCAGCAAGCUGCCGAAUAACAACAGAGUCUAGAGGACAUAUUUGUGGGCUGCACAGAUAUUUUAGGAAUUUCAGAAAUUAGAACAGGAGCCAAAAUGAUUUACAUUGGCGUUGGCACCGAUUCCUUUAAAUGGUCUGGGAAAGGGGGUUGGGAAGAGGAUGGAGCUCAAAUGGCCAGAAGAGGAGGAGCUGCGGUCCUGAUAGCUUCUCUAGCCUCAGUCUUUUGAGUAGUAAGCAGUCACGUUGUUUUCAUCGAGUUGGUUUCUUGUCAUUCCCAAGGAGAAUCUCCGAGGCCACAACUUUGGGGAUAGUUGACAUACUGGAUUAGCCUUUUCAAAAGGAAAGUCAUCCUCUUUGGGCUUACGGGGCAUGAGUUUUGUGUACACACACACACACACGCGUAAGGUGGUUUUGGUCAUAUUUUUAACCACCUGGCAAUACAGUCCGCUUUCUGGUUUCUUUUCUUGUUUGGAAGUAAAUGGUCAAGCUGCUCAGGCAGUGAAAAGAUGUGGAGAAUGUCCAUUGUCAUUCUUACCACUUUAUUGCAUUCGCUACCGAGAUGUAACAUUAAGGUGGACGCAUUUUCAAACUGUAUUAAUUAAAAGUCAAUGGAUACAGAGAGUGGAUUUUCUCCCCAAGUCCCAUCCCUGCUGAAGACCGCUUGGAUGAACUCCCCAACCCACUGUGCCCCUCCCGCAACACUACCAGUAGACUUUAGAACCAUAGUUAAUUAAGUCUUUUACCUCUGAGAUAUUUAAUUCUGGGAAAAUUGAUGACAAUUUUCAACUUCUAAAUAGGUAACUCGACUGCAAAAUAGUCAAAACUGAUAACAAUGAAACUGCGGCUCUUAAACAAAGCCAUGCAUGCCGUGCAUUUGUAUUGAGAUGUCUCCAUGAUAUGAAGCCAAAUAUUCAGUGUAACAUACUUAAUAUCCAAAGGUGGAAACAAAAGAAUGUAGAGAUCCAGUGUUAAGAGUUCCAUUUGCUUCAAUUAAUUAUUUACCUUCCUGUGGAAUAAUAUAUAUAUAUAUAUAUUUAAUAGAACCAUAGAUAGACUAGUAGAUUUUAGAUUAUAAAUGUGUGACUGCAGAUUAUCCUGCUAUUGCACAAGCUAGAAGGGGGAAAAAAUCUCAAUUCCAGCUGGCAAGAUGCUAGCCAGGACACAUAUAAUAAGAAAAUUGCACUAGAUUGAAUGGUCACAGAAUCGGAGAAUAUGGAAGAAAAAGGAAACCUCGGUGGCUCUGCAGCAGACAUGGGCUAGAUCACAUGUGGCUUCUAUGACUUCGUGUCUCAAAAGAAAGGGGGAGCCAUCUGUCCCCAGUGGAGCUCACCUAUUUGGAAUAUGGGGCAUUUAUUUUUUCCACUGCAAUGAUUUCAGUCUGGUUUCAUCAUGUUGGAAUUCGAUCACACCAUUUUCAAACAAUGUUAACAUAGUCCAGCUUUUGUUUUUCUCAUCUCUUCCGAGAGGAGACUCACUGUUUCUGUCUGAGGAAGCUCAUACCCUCGGCAAAACAUCAGGACAAAUAAAGAGAAAUGGGGGUAUGUAUUCCCAACAGAAGCAGUGUGUUAUUUGUUUUAAAACUCUGAACAGAGAUCUUGGAAAUCGUUCAAAAGGACCAUUGAAUUCUUCAUUGGCUGAGAACAACGUUUUAAAAUGUCUUAAAUAAGGCUUUGUUUGCAUUGUUUGAGUUCAAGGGGCCUUAUUAUUGAAUGGAAUUGCACAAGCCUUUCUUUGUGCAAUCAAACCAUUGUUAUUGGUAGUUCUGUAAAGGAAACUGUGGAAUCGAAUUGGCAGUGGAGUCAUAAAUCUAUUUACUGAGUGUGGCUUCCAAGAAAUGUUGCAAUUGAAAAUGCAGUAAGUCUGUGAUUUAUUGGAGAUUUGGAGAUUCUAAAUAAUAUUUUUAAAAAACCUUUCCAUGCAACUUCUGGUUUAAUGUUUGGCAACUCCACAUGAAAAAAAAACAGCCCAACCGAGUUUCAGAAUUAAGUAGUAUUCUAGUAAGUGAUUCGAACUUGUAAUAUUUGCCACAGGACUGACUUAUUUAUUUACUAGCUAGAAGCUCUUAAGUUCACUUGUUUAUCAGGGCAUAUACAGAAGGGUUUGUUAAAACUCGAUGUUAACUUUACAACUUUCUGACCUGGUGCAUGAAUUCUCAAGUACUGUAUUUCACUGUGUUGGUGUGUCUGAUGGAAAUUUCGAGGUGGUCCCACAAAAAUAUUUUAUGUAGUGUGCCUUCAAAGAGAACCGUUUAUUUCUCUUCACUUAUCGUCCCACAAAGUCACAUUUGGUGGUGGUCAGCCAAGUCCCAUCUGGUCUAGUUUUACUCUUGUCCCAAUUUUAAAGAGAAAUGGGAAUGAGUUUGCCCUGGUGAGACCCACACCAUUGCAAUGAUUAUCUUGAGCACUUAAAAGUCCAGUGUUGGCUGUUAGUGUAUUUGAUAUUCUGCCUGUCUCCUCAUGGUUGAAAUAUGUCUGAAGAAUAGCAGCAUAAUCUCUUGGCUGUUUAUACUUUUUUAAACUUUCCUGUGUUGUAAAUAUUGUAUACUUUUGGUGAUUCCAGCUAUGUAACCUCUAUGCUCUGUAAGGUGAUUAUUUGUAUAUAGCAACAUGGCCCAGUGAUAUUAUAUAGUUUCCCAAUGGAGAGGUUAUUGAGUAACCUUUGCAUUAGUUUAAACACUACCAGAAGAAUGCUGAGCCAACUAUAAACACUCAAUUUUGUAUGUUUUCCAAAUUGUACUUAUUACUGCUUUUGAUACUGUAUUACGUGCCAAUAGUUUCCCAAUCACAUAGCAGGCAAGAGAUAUUUUGUACUUUUUGAUCCACUGUAAUAUUUAAUAAAAAAUGUUACUAUCUGUUU